UAUUUAACUCGUUCGUUCCCCUCCUCUCAAAGAUUGCUGCUAGGCCUAACUGGACAAACAGACAAACACAUAACCUGACACUUGCCGUCCGGCCGCUAUUCAUAUAAACUGUAUAAAAAGAGAUUUUGCACAACAAUGGAAAAUAAACAAGACGAUUUGAUAUUAACGAGUAUUGAAAAUGGAGUACAGAAGGUUUUUUUUAAUAGGCCGACAAAGAAAAAUGCUCUCACUAGAGAGAUGUAUACCAGAGUGAUAGAGAUCCUAAAUGAGUCAGCAAAUAACAAAGAAGUCACAGUGCUUGUGUUCACAGGAAUUGGUGAUUUUUACAGCAGUGGAAACGAUUUUAUUAGCUAUCUCACAGAUGAAUCCGUAGAUUCGAGUGUUGAAACAGUCAGACUUCAGAAAUUUAUUGACUUGCUUAUAACAUACCCAAAACUUUUGAUUGCUAUUGCUAAUGGACCAGCUAUUGGAAUAGCCGCUACUACAUUGGCACUUUUUGAUAUUGUUUAUGCAUCCGAAACUGCUUAUUUUAUGACACCAUUCUGUAAACUGGGACUAUCUCCAGAAGGUUGCUCUUCGUACACUUUUCCAAGAAUCAUGGGCCCAUCUAAGGCUGGAGAGAUGCUAUUUUUUGGAGAAAAACUGACUGCAAAUAAAGCUGCCAGGGUUGGAUUUGUGAGUAAAGUUUACAAAGCUGGUGCAAUUGAUGAAGUGUGGACACACAUAGGAAAGAUUGCUAAUCUUUCUAAAGAGAGUAUGGCCUCAACCAAAAGGCUACUCAGCCAGUGGAACAAAAACUUACUCAUGGAAGUAAACAAUCAAGAAUUAAUAGAACUUAGAAAAGUCUAUGCUUCCCCAAGUUUCGCAGAAAACAUGGUGAAGUUUAUGUCAAGAAAAAGCAAAAUGUGAAACAAUUCCUGAUAGUUGAGAUUAUAAAUGACACGUGAUAUUCAGCAUCCAUAAAUGUGCCUUCCGAAUAUAAAUUUAUAAAUACUCGGUGCUAUAAUUAAGUUCUUAUACAUAGACUUUUAUACAAAUAAUCAUUUCUUACCUUGUUAAUAAUACUAUUGUUAUUGAUGGAAAAUUCCUCGAUGUAAAUGUGAUAAACUUGGUUACUUUUUUACAGAAUUUUUGAAAAUAAAUGUUAUGUGAUUUUGAA